CAUAACUUUUCUUGACUGUUGUGUCGUGGUGUAUAUAUUUUAAUGAAAAAAAUAUAUUUAUAUUUAAAAUUGAAAUUAAAAAACUAAAUAACAUUAAAUAUAAGUUUCAGUCACAUGAAAUGAGUGCUUCACUAGUACGACAAGCCUUAGAACUUGUGGAUCCUUCAUUGAACUCAAUAUCAGGCAAAAAGAAGAAAACCAAAAGAGGAAAAGAAGUAUUCCAAUUGAUUUCAGAUAAACAUAAAUUAGUUGUUAAAAAAAAGGGCCAAGGAAAAGGCGAAAAAAUUAAUCUAUUAUCUGCCCAAACAAAAUAUACAGUUGUUGAUGCUAAGAAAGAACAUAAGUCAAAGAAACAACUUUUAAAAGAAAAUCUUGCUAAACUUAAACAAAUACAACAAGCUACUAAAAUUAAUUUAGAUAAAAGCCUUACCAAGCAAAUUAUUGAAAGAGGUGUACUGAAAAGACCAGUGAAAGCAAAACCAAAACGUAAACCACAGAAGAAAACAGCAUUUACAGAGGAAGACUUUAAGAGGUUUGAAGAGGAAUAUUUUGAAUAGAUUCCAAUGCUGGUUCCUGAUAAAUUAUCUGGUCUCAUAAAAUUAAUUAUCUGUAUAGGAUGUUUGUUAUCUCUCUUUAUUAUUGUUAUAAUACUACCACUACUGCCAGUAAAUGGCAUUCUUAUUAAUUAUAUACCAGCCAAAAUAAUAUUGUUGGUAUGUGGAGUGUUCGGAUUAAUUUUUAUUGGAAGCUUAUCAAUGUUUACAUUGUUUAUAUUGUAUAAAUGAAUUUUAUAUUUGUAAAAAAUGUGGAAAUAUACAAAUAAAUAAUU